UGGGUUAUUGCGCACACAGCGGGCUGAACUACAGCGGCGACUCCAACUACGACCCAAGUGUGAAGGCAUCCUUCGCUCUGCGCGUCAGGCACAGACCAGGGACGGACAGGGGGGAGGAGGAGGAGGAGGAGGAGGAGGAGGUGAGCCUCGGACCGCUGCGGAAAACUUGAUUUUCUCCUCUAAUUGAAGACAGAAGUGAUGCCCAGUAUGCGGAUGAGACUCUGAGGCUGCGUGGACUGAGAUUUUUUUUAUGUUGCCUCAUCUGAGAGCAGUUUAAUGUGCGCUUUAUCCAUUUGUUUCAGAGGAUUACUCCUUCCCUCAGUAACGAUGGGUUCUGUGAUGUUGGACUGGAGGAUAUCAUGUCUUCUUCUGCAGGCGGCUGUCUUGCUGCUGCUCAGCAAGGGGGAGAGGAUGUGCCCCGCGAGUUGUCGCUGCGAAGGGAAGAUUGUUUAUUGCGAGUCUGGCAUCUUCCAAGACAUCCCAGAAAACAUCACCACGGGAUGCCAAGGUCUGUCUCUGCGCUAUAACAACCUGCUGGUGCUGCUGCCAUACCAGUUCGCUCAUCUCAAUCAGCUGAUCUGGCUCUACUUGGACCACAAUUCCAUCAACGCUAUAGAUGCUUUAGCCUUCCACGGCGUGCGCAGGCUCAAAGAGCUCAUCCUCAGCUCCAACAAGAUCACCCGUCUUCACAAUAACACGUUCAGCGCCAUACCAAACCUGCGAAACCUGGACCUAUCUUACAAUCAGCUACAGUCUCUGCAGCCGGGACAUUUUUAUGGUCUGCGCAAGCUACAGAAUCUCCACCUUCGAUCUAACGGGCUGAGACAGAUCCUUAUUCGUACCUUUCUGGAAUGCCGCAGCCUGGAGUUUCUGGACUUGGGUUAUAAUCGCCUGCGGAGCCUCACCCGCACAACGUUCUUAGGGCUGUACAAGUUAAAAGAACUUCAUUUAGAGCACAAUCAAUUUUCCAGGAUUAAUUUCUUCAUUUUCCCACGGCUGACCAACCUGCAGGCUCUUUAUUUGCAAUGGAACCGCAUACGGUCCAUUAAUCAAGGCGUGCCGUGGACGUGGCACAAACUACAGAAACUGGACCUGUCUGGGAACGAAAUCCAAAUCUUGGACCCGGCGGUUUUCCAGUGCAUGCCGAACUUACAGACACUCAACCUCGAAUCGAACAAGCUCAGCAGCGUGCCUGUGGAGGCCGUGGCGGCAUGGACGUCGCUAACCACCGUCAGCCUGGCGGGAAACGCCUGGGACUGCAGCCCCAGCAUCUGCCCUCUGAUGGGGUGGCUCAAAAACAUCAGAGACUCCAAAGACAUCAGCAUGAUCUGCAGCAGUCCCAAGUCUGCGCAGGGAGAGAGAGUGGUGGACGUAGUGAGGAAUCACUCCACCUGUCUGGAUGUGUUCUCCACGACGGCGCUCAUCAUUCUCACUUCAACCCCAGUUGUGAACAUAACAGUUCACCUCCCUCCCUCUGGUGUUCCCCAUGCGGCUCGCACCGAGUCGCCUGCACAGGGAUUAACCCCUUCUUCGCCCGUCCGUCCAGGUGUUACAGACAGAAAGACGACAGAGUCCGCAACCCUGAGCUCCGCAUCUCCCAUCUCCCCCGAACCCCCGACAUCAUUUAUCCCGGAGCUACCAUUUGAACAUAUGGCUUUCCAUAAAAUCAUUGCAGGCAGCGUAGCCCUGUUCCUGUCGGUGUCAUUGAUCCUUCUGGUUAUUUAUGUGUCGUGGAGGCGCUACCCCAACACCAUGAGGCAGCUGCAGCAGCACUCAGUCAACCACAAGCGCAGGAAAAAGGCCCGCAAGCAGGAGCAGGACCUUAACUCUCAGUUGCAAGAGUACUACCUGAGCUACCACUCCAACUCAGAGACAAUGGACUCUUUGGUGAACGAGACGAGGCCGUGCACGUGCACCAUAUCAGGAUCCAUAGAGUGUGAGGUCUGAGCCACCUUAAGAGACUAAAACGGCAAUUGCUAAGCAGAGGUAAAAUGGUUUUUCCAAGAGAUUAAGCUGUUUUAUCUCUAAUGCAAGAUGAUAGAUUCUGCAGCUCUGAAGGAAAUACUUGAGGGCAUAGUACAAUAUAAUUAUGUGCACAGAAGAGAAGACUGGAACGGAGAGAUAUAUUUGGAGCUAAUUAUCACCCUGAGUGACACAAGAACAGUGGCGGGGUCAGCCAGGUUAGCUCUGUACGAUCUAAGGUAACGACUGGUCGGCUCUGCAGAGACUGACCUUAUUCUUAGUCGAACAUCCAACAUAUGAACCAAGAGAAGCCACUUUUUACUUGCUAGUUUUGAGUUUCAUCCUGUAGCUUGUGGAGAAUUUAGGCCGUAUGUGUGUGUGUGUGUGAAUGUGUGUGUGUUAUGAGCUGAUCUCAUGAAUCUCCUGGUUUACUGACUUCUGGCUACUGUGUUGCACCUUACUCUCACAGAUACUAUUUGUCCAGUUAAGCUGUUUUUGCAUUCGAGUGCAGCAACGCCACAAAAAAACUAACCGGGGGGGAGAGAGCGUCCUGUCCUGAGAUCUUUUGCAUGAAUUCAUUCUCCUCUCUCUCAUUAAAUGAUCACUUCUAAUUGACGAUAAAGACGUGUUUUGGUUCGUUGUGGUGCAAGCCGAAUAUUUAAAACUCACGAGUCUGAACUCAGGAGCGAUAUUUUCCAAGCUGUAAAAACCUGUCAGGUCCAACGUUGGCCUCGAUGUGUCAAAAAGUAACGAUUUUCAUAAAGACUUUUGUAUUGAUUAUUCCUAUCAUUAUGAUUAUGCAUUGUUUGUGUAAAGACAAUAUGGAUACUAGGCAUUCUAUGUGAUAAUGUGUAAUUAAAAGAAACACUGACA